GCAUAUUUGUGGAUAAUCUCUCUGCCGCCUUCAUUUUCUCCUGUGUCUCUGCUGCAGCAAACUGCAAAUGUCUACUUCUCUGCUCCGUUCAACUCCUUCGCCACUCACCAACUCCGGCAGGAUGAAUCUUAUAGGUUCAAGUACCCAUUUAGGCAUAUUGUCCGUCUCCUUUUAUCACCGUCCCUCUCAAAGUUGCAAUUUUAAGCUUUGCUUUCCCACUAGUGGGUUGUGUUCCCGUCUUGGCACGAGGUGUUGUGUUGUCUCGGCUACCUCAUCCAAAUUGUACGAAAACAAAGGAGUUAAUUCAAGUAUCGAGUCUCAAAGCAGGUAUACAGAUUUGAAGGACAACAUGCCUAGCAGCGUGAAUAUUCUUGAGGAGCAGCUGAGGGACUUAUUUAAUGAAGUCCAUGCCAUGAUAAGAAUAGGGAAGGAAAAUGAGGCCAGAGAUCUGCUUCUAGCAAAUUUUGAAGCUGUCAAAGAACAGAUUGAUGCAGGCCACAAGGGUAUAGAAGAAGCAGCUAUUCUUGAUGUAACAGCCUUGGGGUACAUGGCCCUUGGAGACAUAAGGACUGUCAAACCCCUGUUAGAUGUGUUGAGUGAGGUUGUUGAUGACUUGAAAGAUGAGGAGCCUCUUCUGGACUCGAUACUCACACAUAUGGGUAAUAUGUAUGAAAAGCUAGAAAAUUUUGAGAUGUCCAUUUGUGUGUAUGGAAGAGCUGUCAAAGUUGUUGAGAGACUAUACGGAAAUACCAGUUCAUUUAUUGUCACUCCAUUGUUAGGGAUGGCAAAAGUCUUGGGUUCUACUGGAAAGACCAAAAAAGCAAUAGAAACAUAUCAUCGCGUAGUUAAAAUUCUUGAAUCUAGCAGGGGUGAAGAAUGUGAGGAACUGGUAGUGCCUUUAUUUGGCAUGGGAAAUCUUCUUCUGAAGGAAAGGAGAGUGACUGAUGCAGAAAAUGCUUUUAAUAGAAUUUUGACCACGUACAUGAAGUUAUAUGGAGAAAAUGAUGGCAGAGUUGGACUGUCUAUGAGUUAUCUUGCACGUGUGAAAUGUGCAAAAGGAGAUGUGAAUGAAGCCAUUGAUCUGUAUAAAGAGGCUCUUCGCAGGCUGAAGGUUUCUGAUUAUAUAGCCAUAGAUGAUCACAUAAUGGAGAAGAUGAGAGUAGACUUGGCUGAAUUACUUCAUGCAGUUGGAAGAGGUGAAGAAGGCCGUAUGCUACUGGAGGAGUGCUUAUUGAUAACUGAGAAGUUCAAGGGUGAAGGGCAUCCCAGUUCAGUCUCUCAUCUAGUGAAUCUAGCCACUUCUUAUUCACAGUCCAAACUUUUUGCAGAAGCUGAGCGCUUGCUAAGGAUGAGUUUGCAGAUUAUGUUUAAGAAUGUUUCACCUGAUGAUCAAUCCAUUACUUUCCCAAUGCUGCAUCUUGCAGUUACUCUCUACAAUCUAAACCGUAAUGAGGAGGCCGAAAAACACGCAUUAGAGGUUCUGCGAAUCCGGGAGAGGGCAUUUGGAGAAAAUUCUCUACCAGUUGGGGAGGCUCUUGACUGUUUGGUCUCCAUUCAGACCCAGCUGGGAAAGGAUGAUGGUGAAUUGCUGGAGUUGCUCAAGAGGGUACUGAAAAUUCAAGAGAAAGCUUUUGGUACUGACAGUGAGGAAGUCAUGGAAACACUUAAAAAAGUUGUAUAUUACUUGGAGAAGAUGGGGAGGAAACAUGAGGGACUCCCUCUGGAAAGAAGAUUAUCAAAGCUCCGAACUAAAUAUAAGCAAAUGGUUCAAUAUUAAAGAUCCUACAAGGCCGCAUGUUUGACGUGCAAUUGCUUUCAUGCUAUUAACAGUGUCGGAUCAUUGUGGUUGCAAGAUAAACAUGUCCUUCUAUUGGGAGUUUGCAUGCCACAAAAGGAAAAGAGACACUGGACUAUAGCACAAGAUUGAGUUUCUUCCUGCCAUGGUGGACAAGGAAGGCAGCCAAAACUAACAAAUUUACAGGCAUAUGAAAGAAAUUCUUUUUAGCUAUAUCUAUCCAAGAGUGUAGUGAUAUUUCAGAGAACAUUCAGAACCAGAUAUGAAAGCUUAGGGGACAGUUACCGACAAAUGAAUACUACCAAAAGGUAUCAUAUAGGUUCUUGAUGCAUUGUCUGAAAGUGUUAAAAGAGCCUUGCUUACCAUCUACUAAUCCUGCUACUGCUUUGCUUCUUAUAGGUGUGGAAAUGCAUUGGACAUGUCGACCCAAAUGGGACAGUGUCCACAUUCCAACUGCUAUCUGAUUGACUACAAUGUACAAUGUAGUUGAACACUGGAAAAUGAUAGCAAGCCUGAUCAUCUUAUGGCAAUGAAAAAUGUCACUGCUUACUCCUUUCGACUCCCUCUACAUGAGAUAGUGACAUUGAUGUACUUAGUUGA